AUGACUUUAUCAGAUGAACAAGUAUGUACUUUGAAAAAAAAUAUCAUAAAUUACAUUUUACUAACAAUUCAAGGUUAAAUCUGAGCUUACUAAAAUGCAAGCUUUUAUUGAAAAAGAGGCAAAGGAAAAAGCUAAAGAAAUAAGAUUAAAAGCAGAUGAAGAAUAUGAAAUUGAAAAAGCAUCAAUUGUAAGAUCAGAAUCAUCAGCUAUAGAUUCAACAUAUGAGCAAAAAUUGAAAAAAGCAAGUUUAUCACAACAAAUUACUAAAUCAACGAUUGGUAAUAAAACAAGAUUAAAAAUUUUGAGUGAAAAGGAUGCAAUUUUAAAUGAAAUUUUUGAUAAUGCAGAAAAAGAAUUGAAAAAAAUUGCAACAGAUGAAAAAGAAUAUAAAAAAGUAUUAAUUGGUUUAAUUGAAGAAGGUGUUUUAGCAUUAAUGGAAAAUAAAAUUACAUUAAGAAUUAGAGAAGCUGAUAAAAAAAUUGUUGAAAGUGCAAUUGAAGAAGCAAGUAAAAAUUUCGAGGAUAAAAGUAAAUUUAAAGUUGAUAUUUCAAUUGAUGAAUCUGAAUAUUUGUCAAAAGAUAUUGCAGGAGGUGUAGUUAUUAUAAAUGGGUCUGGUAAAAUUGAAGUAAAUAAUACAUUAGAAGAAAGAUUAAAAAUAUUAUCAGAAGAAGCAUUACCAGCAAUUAGAUUAGAAUUAUUUGGACCAUCACCAACUAGAAAGUUUUUUGAUUAA